AACAGCCUCAGAUCUCAAAACUCACACCACUCCAUCCAUUACUAUUGCUCUGUACCUUUUUGUCUUUUGAUUCCUUUAUUAGAGAAGAGAAAGGCGCAAAGGGUAAAAUCGGAAAUAAUAUUAUGGCCGACGGUAGUACUACUAGCUCCUCGGAGUCCACCAACGUGUGCGGCGGUGUCGUGAGAAGAGAGAUUAUGCUGUUCGGCGUCAGGGUUGUGCUUGAUCCGAUGAGAAAGUGCGUGAGUUUGAACAAUCUGUCUGAGUAUGAGCAGACGGAUGAGUCUCCAAAGAUCGACGGUGAGGAUAGAGAUGGACAAGAUAAGAACAAAACCCCUGCUGGUUACGCCUCCGCUGAUGAAGCUGUUCCGAUGUCUUCUUCCAACGGCAAAAGCGAGAGGAAACGAGGAGUACCAUGGACUGAGGAAGAACACAAGCUGUUCUUGGUUGGGUUGCAGAGAGUAGGAAAAGGUGAUUGGAAAGGAAUCUCAAAAAACUUUGUCAAGAGCAGGACCUCUACACAAGUAGCUAGUCAUGCUCAGAAGUACUUCCUCCGACGUAGCAAUAUCAACCGUCGCAGGCGAAGAUCUAGCCUUUUUGACAUGACUACUGACACGGUCAUGCCCAUGGAAGAUGAUCAAGUGGUUAUGCAGGAGAAAACAUCACAAUCAUCUUCUGUUAUACCAGAAAUCAACAACUUUUCUAUACUUCCAGUUAUGCAAGUCUAUCCUGAGAUCAACAACUUCUCUGGUGGUAAUAAUGCAUCAGGGAACCAGCCAUACGGACAGUUUGGUUCCUCGAAUCUCAUUGAUUUGGUUCCAUCAACCUUUCAAGCAAGGCCUGCACCGCUCUCGCUCAACCUCUCACUAGCUUCAUCUAAUCUGAACGAACCAUCUUCUUCAAUGCAUUCAGCCUUCAACACUAUUGGAGUCGCUUAGAGCAUAUCCGAAAAGGUGAAGAUCUGCAAAAACACCAACCCUGUUUGUUUCUUUGUUGUACAGAUAGGUCUUGACUUUGUUAUAAAGAUUCGUCAAAUUUAUGUAUUUGGCUACAAAAUCUGUGGGGGGGAAAGAAUGAAUAAUAAACAGAGUUUGGAGAUAGGACUUUAAGUGUGUGUGUUUUUAGGGUUCAUGAUCAUCCUUUUUUUUCCUUCCAUGUGUGGAAGUUGUUGUAAUACUACUACUACUACUCUCCAAGUUCAUUCGUGUGGAUCUAUCAAAACUUAUAUAUAUCAUAUUAACGUUAUGUUUUCAGUCAUGAUAUUAAUCAUAAA